CCAUCAGUUAUAGUUCCUGAACCAGCAAAGGAGACACAGACCAUCACUUUGCUACCACGUUUUAUGUGGUUGUCAACAGACAGGGUAAAGUUAUACGUGUCCCAAAGCGUCCAUUAAGAAUGUUAACUUUGGUUACCUACCUUAUAGUACCUAACAUAGAAUUAUUUAUAUUAAAAUAUCUGAUAUCUGAAAAACUAAAUUAAAACCGAGUCCACUUUUCUUUUGUUUCUGACGUAACAAAAUUAGUUACUAAAAAUAUAUAUAUAAGUGAAAUGAUUUAAUCGGAGUUGUUUGGUGCUUUUCAACCGUUUCUCACCCUUAUGAUGCAACACUGUAAACGGAACAAUAAUUUACUUAAGGAUUAAAGUAAUUUGUAAGGGCUUGUUAUAUAAUGAAAACCCUGUAUAGAUUUUUAAGUCAAACGUUCCCUUUCCAAUAUGGCGGACGCACUGACGUAUCGCUUCUACAGCUAAAGCGGCGGCAACUCGCCUACACAUCUACUGCUGGCUGGUGGCUGUCGCUCUAAUGCGCUUGUUCUUCUUUUGCUGCUUUGUUUAGUUGUAAGACUGAUAUUGCCCCGCCCAAACAAUGCAGCCCUGUAAACAUAUCCAGCGCACCUGUACGAUGCCGUAGUUUUGCACGCGCAUUUACGCUCAGUGCUGAUAACUAACCGCGCUCGCGCACCAAAUCCAUUUACGUUGUUGGUUGUAAAGAGGAGAACUACAUCGCCCUCUCUGCUCCAUUCCCUCCGUUCAGCAGAAUCAUCGGAGCUAAGUGACGGAAAGCUGGAAAACCCUGCUGAAGGGAGCGGCAUUUUUUCGGAAGGAAACACCCUCAAGAGAGCGGGAGCGGUUUGUAGAGAAGAAUGGCGGAUUCAUGCGGCGAUAUGCCUGUCAAGGCCGAGAACUCGGAGUGCGCUGAAAUAGUUGUUGAUACAACUGAGCCGUCGAAAGCGAUUAGUACUGGUACUGGUCUCGGCUCUGGCGCUGGUCCUUGCCCCAGCUCUGACCCUGCCCCUGGCUCAGACAUUGGCUCUGACCCCCGUCCUGGACUCGACCCCGACCCUGAAGCUGCACCUAAACCCAUCCCCAUGUCUGUAUCCAAACUGGAGGAGGCAGCGGCCCCUGGUUCUGGCGUUGUCUCCGGUUCUGACUCUUCUCUUGGCGCCGAAUCUGGCUCAACAGAACCCAUGACUUUGUCCGAGUCUGAGGAGGCAGCGGCCGCUGCUCCUAGGACUGAACCUGGUCAUGCUCGCAACCCCGGCCAUGUCCCUGGUUCUGGUCGUGCCACCUGCGCCGACUCUGUCCCCAUGGCUAUCUCUGGACCGGAGGAGGCUGCGCCACCACCUCGGUUACCCAAAACAGACGUGGAGCUGGUGAAGGGACAGGCAUUUGACGUUGGACCCCGCUACACCAACCUGGCUUACAUCGGGGAGGGAGCGUACGGGAUGGUGUGUUCAGCUCAGGACAACUGGACCCAACAGCGGGUGGCCAUCAAGAAAAUCAGCCCGUUUGAGCACCAGACGUACUGCCAGCGCACGCUGCGAGAGAUCAAGAUCCUGCUGCGCUUCCGCCACGAGAACAUCAUCGGGAUCAAUGACAUCAUCAGGGCGCCGCAGUUGGAGAACAUGAGAGACGUCUACAUCGUGCAAACGCUGAUGGAGACGGACUUGUACAAGCUCUUGAAGACCCAGAAGCUGAGCAACGAGCACGUGUGCUACUUCCUUUACCAGAUCCUGAUUGGUUAUUAUUUAAUAGAGCGACACAAGUUAUCUUUUGUUUUUUUGUUCCUUUUUCAGAUUUGCGACUUCGGCCUGGCUCGGAUAGCCGAUCCAGUUCACGACCACACUGGUUUCCUCACAGAGUACGUGGCCACACGUUGGUACAGAGCCCCAGAAAUCAUGCUCAACUCAAAGGGCUACUCAAAGUCUAUCGACAUGUGGUCAGUGGGCUGCAUCCUGGCUGAGAUGUUGUCAAACAAACCCAUCUUUCCUGGGAAACACUACUUGGACCAACUAAACCACAUACUGGGCGUACUUGGCUCCCCGUCUCAAGAAGAUCUGAACUGCAUAAUUAACCUGAAGGCGCGCAACUACCUUCAAUCCCUGCCCCCCAAGACCAGGAUUCCCUGGGACAGACUCUUUCCAAAGGCAGAUCCAAAAGCCUUGGACCUGUUGGGUUGCAUGUUGACCUUUAACCCCAACAAGCGCAUCACUGUUGAAGAUGCCCUGGCUCAUCCCUACCUGGAGCAGUACUACGACCCCACCGACGAGCCCGAAGCGGAGACGCCAUUCGACUUCACAACAGAACUGGACGAUCUUCCCAAGGAGACGCUGAAGGAAAUGAUCUACGACGAAACGGCUCGUUUCCAGACGAUCAGCUGAGGCAAAGUUUUACUGAGUUAUUCCAGCGACGCUUGGAGCCAGAGGACCCUGAACGAUAUGCUAAAUCAAAAGAAAAGUGCAUCCUGAAGAAACCAACAAAUAUAAACAUUAACCUGCUUAUCUUUGCAUUUCCACUGCAAGAUGGAGCUAAGUAUAAAAAUGGGUUACUGUUACUGAGCAGGGUGUACUCUGUUGAAUUCAUGCCGUUUCCGUUUUGUCCAUGUUGGACUCCUCACUCGCCUCAGAUCUAAUUUUUUUUCCACCCCUUGUUUUUAAGCCUAUUUUUACCGCUCCGGCUUGUCUAGCACCUUCUGCGGUAACUCCUCUCCUCACCAACGCGUAUAAACCAUCCUACUGUAUUAACCAGCUCCGUGACGCUCCUGAUCUAUGAGAACGAGUUACAGCUUUGAAUAUUUGAGGGCUUAAAGAACCGGGACGGGGACGCUAACCGGGUGUGUGCAUGUACGUACAGAACAUAAUGGAUUUUCUAGUUGUUGUUUUUUUUUUAAAUGUGGUUCUCAGUUUUUAUUUGUAAAGGUGUAUAUUUGAGUCUUUUUUUUUUUUUUUUUAGUUGUUUUGUGUGCUUUUGAUUUUUUUUUUUUUGUUAGUGUUUUUUAAACAAUUGAUAUCUUUAGUGGCAUGUUGUCAGGAUUUCUUUACCGGUUCUCCUUUUUCUGUAUGAAAACCCAGCUGAAUGCAUGCAUUCCUGAAAUUGAGCAAAGGUGCAAUGAGAUCCCAGGGGGACAAAACUGAUGCACAACUCACCCCAAGGCCAAGCACACUGAAGACUCCCACAUGGUUUAGCAACAUGACACAUAUUGAUGACACUGACAUAAAGAUGAGGGGAAAAAAUGCCCACAGGCUCAUUAAAAUAUUGCAGCUGUGAUACCAAAGUCCUUUUAUUUCCUAUUUUCCCUCCAGAACUUGUGGGUUUCUCUCUGUUGAGUAUUUCUUGUUUUGUUGUUGCUCUGCUCUCUAAUCUACACCCGAAUCAUCAGCAAGGACUGACAUGCAUGACUUCUUUUUCCCUGUAUCACAUUUACAUUCCCAUCACAAAAUGGUCACCAAUGACAUUCCAUCAUGUAAAAAAAAAAAAUCCUGCCUGUGUUUGCUUCAGAUUAUUUAUUUGUUUAUUUAAUGAGGGUGUUUUUUUGUUGUUGUUGUUGCCUCUGUCAGUCUUGGUCCUUGUACCUCAAAAAUUGAGAGAGGCAAUGUCCUUUCCCACGAUUCGUGCCGCCAUGCGUUCUUCCACAACAGUCUGCGGUGAAAUUUACUUGGCUGUUGGUGUUACAAGUGACGGUUAUGACUUUUCAUGCUCUUACAUGCCAAACUUAUUGCUAAAGGCCAAGAAAGUUAUUGCUUUUUUUUUCCUUUUAAUAAAAAAAAAAAAUCUAUGUACAUUGCUCUGUAGGCUUUUGCUACAUAUGAGUUGGCCUCUGUUGCUGCAUUUGCGUUGUUCUGCCUAACAGGGAGGGUUUAUUUCUUGUUCCUGUAACUUCCUCCGUUCAGCUCUGCUCGUGCUCCGUGUUGGUUUGGACCGCCUGCUGCUCUGUGGAGCGCUUUUCGAUUGUAUUUCGUUGUUGUUUUUGUUUGUGCUGGGACUAGUAAGAGAAAAUGAUCUGCUCUGGGUCACUGGCAACUGGCUUGUGAUGCUAAUCUUCCUGCCCUCAUCUUAACAUUUCUACAUCUCUGAUUCGUGUCGCUGUUCCCUCAGAAGCCAUAACCAGCUCUUUUUCUUUUUCUUCUUCGUUUUCCUCCAAAUCUUCUCCAUGCUUUACUCAAAGGGCUGCCUCCUCAUCCUCCUCCUCGCCUCUCUGCUCGCUGUCCCCCAUCAAUUCUUCUGGAAGCAGAACACCUGGUCCGAUCCCGACCCAAUCAGCACGCCUGCACUUUGUCUUUCAAGCCAUGCGUCCUUCGUCUCCCCUCCAUUUUUUUGGAGGCUAUUUAAGCUAGCCUCCAUCUUUUGUGUCGUAUUUGUAGAGCUUUUAAGUUCGAGUUGCAGAAACGUACGUCUGUGUAAAGACUGUGUAUUUGCACUGUUAAACCAAGACUCCUUUUUUUUUUUUUGGAUUAUCGCUUACUCCCUGUGCUUUUUAAUCCACCAGAUGUGUUCUUGGUGUUGCACGGAGAGGCCUCUCUUUAAUUAAUAUCAUUUCCUCCCUCUUAACACGUCACCUGACCCAAUAUCUUUUUUGGGAAUAAUGAAAGCGGAGGAAUCCUGACACACUCCUACACACACCCUCUCUGAGGGUUGUGACCCCGUGUGUCGACAUUCACUGUAUCGGCAAGGGCCUGCCUGUCUUAAAGCCUGUUUAAGGAUGUUUUUAAAUCGCUGUUAUUAAGUUUUAUUGGUAGAACGCUUUUUUUUCAUAAAAGGGAGUUCAGAUUUUUGUGUGUGUGUGUGUGUUUUCUCUUAUGGCUAUUAUUAAUAUUACUAUAACUAGGAGUGUUUUCAGUCUUUCUGAAGUGUAUACUUUGUCUUUUAUGUUCUCCAACCAGAUCGUAAAAGGAUUUAUUUUGUUUUACAGAGAUUGUCGAGGAUAUGAAUUACUGAGAGUUAUAGUCUGUAUUCUGUGGUAUUAUUAAUUAAAUGAUUAACAAAAACAGAAUUAUAUACAUGGAAUUAAAUAAAAUUUCAACAUGCUGUUAA